UCCGCGCCAUGGCGAGGAAUUCCCCCCGUGGAACGUUCAACCCCGAUCCUGUUCCAGAAAAUCCGAAGAUAUCUGCGCCUUUCUCGCGGCAGCUGGAUACCAUCCUUGGGUGUACCAUAAGGAAUAAUGAGAAUGCAGAGCGGGAGGCAGUAGGCGUGGUGAUUGUGUAUGCAUUUGACUGCACCACCUCCACCCCAGCCUGGUACAAGAUGGAUGAUGUGUAUUCGUUGGUGGAAGAGAAGCUCACCGAUUUGGUGGACACCAUUGGUUACAUAUUCGUCAUGUCCACCCCUAACACAUACAGGUCUGACAUGAAAUCAGUUGAUUCGGCUGAGACACAGAAGACAGGCUACAAGAAAAGCCCAGCCUGGUGCAAGGCCGCCUGCACGAAACAAAUGGCGUGUGGCCUCGACAAGGCGCACAAACUGAUCAGCCACAGCGGGAAUAAAAACGGCAUUAUAUUGGUGUUCUCCGACGGGUCAACUCACAAGGGAGACUUCUUUGAUGGAGCCAAGGACUUCAUCUCCAAAGUGCCGGUCCACACGUUUAUUCUCUACGGGCAAGACUGAGUUGUUAAGAUCUAAGUAUGAAUACCCAUGCAUAUUCGUCGUUAGAUAAAUAAUAAGAUCUAAUUAUGAAUACCCAUGCAUAUUCGUCGUUUGAUAAAUAAAGAAGAUGUGAAGUCAAAAACAACAAGCCGUGAUCGGCUACAUGAUAUUUGGAUGUACAAUUUAAUCCGAUUGAUUAUUUGGCAGGUCCUUGACUGAGUGACUCCUUCUUGUUAUACCAGCGUAUGAGAUUGAAGGCUGUUCUACUCCAGAGUUGAUCUAGUUUCAGUUAUGUUAGCUCCUUUCAAGGCGCUGGUGUUUUGCUAUGUGUGUGUGGCUUCGUUGUCUCCUGCGACUUGAUCCAGGACGUGUUUGAUUUAAGCUGGAUCGCUCCAGCAUCUGUGAACCUUAUUUUGUAUUGUAAUAUGGCUACUUCAG